UAAACAAAAUAUAGUCUUUAGAAACGUCAAAAAAAUUAAAUCAAUAGUUUUGGCUUUCAAGUCUGAUUACUGAUAUAACAUUGACAGACGAUAGCAAUAGCAAAGAAGAGUUGAAAAUUUCUGAGUACAAAAAUGGCUUCAUUUUUGAAUAGGGCCGCCCAACAAUAUAUGAAGAACAAUGUUCGCCUCGCGUCCCACGCUGCUACAGCUGGAGGCCAUGGAGGUGGCUGGCAGUUGUGGAAGAGGCUGUCUAUCUUCGUCGCAGUACCCGCUAUUGGCUUGGGUAUGCUGAACGCUUAUCUCGCUCACCAAGAAGAGCAUCACGAGAGGCCUCCAUUUGUGGCUUUUGAAUACCUUCGUGUACGCACAAAGCGUUUCCCAUGGGGUGAUGGCCAAAAGACCCUCUUCCACAACCCCCACGUCAAUGCUCUCCCCAGCGGCUAUGAAGAUGAGCAUUAAUUAAUAUCGGCUUGUUAGUUCUGCCUCUGUUCUUAGAAACAAAAUCGUGAUAAGUAUGUUUAUUAACUGUAAAAAUAAAAAAUGUUAACAUAGAA